UGUGGUGGCCACCACCACCACAAGCUCUCGCUUCAGAGUGGUGAAGCUGGACUCUAGCUCUGGGCCCGGGAGUGCCCCAUUGGCGCUCACCUCUGGAGCUUUACCAUGUGUCACCCAGAAAAUGCCUUCUAAUGUGGGCGGCCCUCAAGAAAGUGUUUCCCAGGCUGCUCCUUCAAGUAUCGCCACUCAGCCUACAGGGAUUGCGGUCCCAGGAUCUAUCUCUGGAAUGCACAGCUCUGCUGCAGGCACUACAGUUAGCGUAGUUAAUCCCCAGACCAGCAGUGUUAGUAAUGUGAAUAUGUUGAGCUCUGCCAAUGUGCCUGUGAGAGGGGGGAUCAGCACAAGUGCUAGUACUAGCAGUGGAGGCUAUCCUCUCAAUGUGAUGAGCAGCAGUGGUGGGAGCGGUGGAGGAGGUGCUGCUGCUCCAGCUGGGAGCAACCUUAUGGGCACUACUAGCAUGAUUCAGCAACACCAAAACUUAAACUCCAGCAUUGCUAUGACUGCUUCAACUACUGUUGCUGCUGUUGCUGUGAGUGCCUCUGGAGGUGUAGGGGUCCCCAGCGGGAACCAUGGAAGAGUUGGAUCAGCUGUGCAGCAGCCUGCGAGUGCACCUGUUACAGCUGCGACUACAGCUCCUGUAUCAUCUGCUCCUCCGGCCCCUGUGGUGGCCACCACCACCACAAGCUCUCGCUUCAGAGUGGUGAAGCUGGACUCUAGCUCUGAGCCCUUCAAGAAGGGCAGAUGGACUUGCACUGAAUUCUAUGAUAAGGAGACCCCAGCCCCUGCCCCCCCCUCUUCUUCUGAUACUGGGUCCCACAGCAUACGACAAUUUGUCUCUGAGAGCUUUGCUGGGGGGUCUGAGAAGGAAAGCACAAGUGGGAGUUCUGUGAGCCAUUACAUUGAGAGUGUUUGCAGUGGAGAUGCUGGUGGACCACAGCAUGCACAGGAUUACACCUCUGCUCCUCAGGGCUUUCAAGGAAUCCUCCCCAGUGGGUUAAGCAUGGGAGUAUCUCACACCCAACCCCAACAGCAUGAUAAAACUACUUUGGCCCCCUCAGCUCCUACAAACAUUCAUCAGCCUGCACCCAUGCCGAGCCACCAGACCACCACUGGACUCUCUGCUGUGCCCCAGCAGCAACUCACCUAUGCCCAGGCAGUUGCUAAUCAACCCCCAGUGGGAGUUCAGCAGCAGAAGUUGGCUUAUGCCACCUUACCACAGCAAUCAGUUGCUACCCCUCAAGCACCCACGAUGUCAAUGAGGCCACCUGAGUACACCCAGUCACAGCAAAGUAUCCCCCAUUCUGCUGCUGCUUCUCAGCCUUUGUCCAACCAAGCUGGAUCCACAUCUGCUGGGAUAGCUAAUGGAUCCUCCCAUAUGAUGGGAGGUCCUCAGCAGCCCCACUCUCUUCAAUCUACCAGCUCUAAUAUGCCCUCUCAUGUUGGUGUAGCAGGUGUGGGCCAGCAGCCUCAGAGCCACCCAAGCCAUUUGGAUUGCCAGCAGCAAAAGCCACAGUCGCUCCCAACACAGAUCCAAAACCAAGGGCUGAGCACCCAGCUGCCCGCUACGGUCCACCAGAGCCAGGUGUCUGCACCAAGUGUACCUCCCCCUAACCUUCAGAGUGAUCACCAGGCUCAGGCCCAACCCCAAGCCCACAACACUGGGAAUACUGCUCAGAUGCCCCCGCAGGGUGUUCCCCAUAGCCAACCGUCUUCUGUCGGCUUGACCCAUGACCACAGCAGUGCCCAGGCCCUGGCUCACGCUGCCCAGGCCAGUGCCCUGUAUGCCAGUCUGCCGAGCUUCACCACUACUCAGCUGCAGGAUGCCCAGCGGCUGCUCCUCCAGCAUCAGUCGGCCUUGUUGGGGCUGCCCAAAUUGUCUGGGGGGGAGGCUGGAUCUGGAUCCAACACUAGCCAUGGUCAGGAAACUGAGGGCAACGCCGCCACCGCCAGUGCCUUAACAGCACCAGCUGGUGUCAAGACUGUAGAUGGAGAGGAGGAUGGCUCAUCCGGAGCCAGCGUUGUGGCUAUAGACAACAAGAUAGAGCAAGCCAUGGACCUGGUGAAGAGUCACCUGAUGUACGCUGUGCGUGAGGAGGUGGAGGUUCUAAAGGAGCAGAUCAAGGAGCUGAUCGAGCGCAACUCCCAGCUGGAGCAGGAGAACACGCUGCUGAAGACGCUGGCCAGCCCCGAGCAGAUGGCACAGUUCCAGGCCCAGGUUCAGACCGGCUCGCCCCCUACCCCUCAAACAGCUGCCACACCGGGACCCGCAAGCACCGCUGCCCUCGCUCAGCCCGCCUCACACAGCUCCGGCCCCUCGGCAUAGCCUGGCUGCGUGAAAGACUUUGCGCUCUGCCACAGAGCCAAACUUUGCCUUCUGCAGCAGGAGGCAACGUUCAGAUGAGAAUUUGCACAUAUUUAUCUCAGAAGGAUGCAGCCAGCGGGACGAGCAGGGCUGUGCUCAGAGGUGCAGGGGAGGGCGACAAUCUUGAGAUGCUGGACAUGAAGUUGUUUUGAACACUUGCCAAAUAACCCUUUUGUCAUCAACUAGAAUGUCUUACCAAGAAACAGCUUAUCAGUGGCGAAAUAUACUUUAGAUUUAAUUAAAAAAAAAAAUCACUGUGCCUGAGUGAUGUCGAUUAUACUGGCAGUGGAGCAAUGGGAUUGGUUGAUACCUGUUUUGCAGAAUUAUGUAAAUAAAAGCGAUUCCCUCUCAGAGUUUCCAGUUUGAAGGACUUGAGAGAAAAGAAGAAUCCUUCUCAGAAUGACAAAUGAAGAAUGUGAGCAAUCAUCACGACAAAGUCCCCAUCUGGAAUGGGGAGUUCGGGGUGGGAGGGGAGGUUCUCCACAACAACAUGUUGCAGCAUUGAUGAUGAUGAUGAAUUUACUUCAACUGUGGGUUGAUGGGAUGAACAAACCAUGGUUUCUUACGGAGAUGAUGAUAUUCUAUUUUCAGUAUUUCAAGCUCCUCAUUUUGCCCUUGAUGAAGCUCAUCGUUGCUGUUUUCUCAACCCUGCAGUGGCAUGUAAUUUAAACCUUAUAUGACAGGGUUGAGACAUUUGGGCUAAGCUGCAUUUUUGUUUUCUUUGUUUUCCUAAAAGAUUCAAGAGGGCAGAAGAUGAUGUAUAUUUCUGUAUAGUGUAAGUAUCAUGUAAAAUAGUGAGGAGGAGGACAGAUGCUAUCUAGGUCACACAGAUUGAUGCAAAUGAUUGCCCAGCCUGUGUCAUCUAUUUUUAAUGCUGUAUUUUCAGGACUGUGGAUUGACACGGAGUUUAGGUUAUUUUAGUGACAACAAGCAGCCGACUAUGUUGUCCAUACCCUUACUGCAACAUUAACUCUUGACUGUAAAACCAUUUCCACUUGUCUCUUUCUUUCUGGAGUAUUGCACUUUUUUUUUUUUUUUUUACUUUUUUUUUUUUGUUUGUUUUUUGACAGUGAAGUACUUUUGGAUGAACAAUAUCAUAAAUAACUCAACUUUAAAAAAAACAAAAAUACAAACUCUGGAGAUGUUCUUUUUCAUUCUGUGUAUCAGUUGUAUGCUCAUGUUCUGUGCAUGUUUCCGCAAAGCCCGGAUGAGAUAUUGUAACAUACAUACCACAAUUGCACUUGACAGCUGCACUUCACAACUUUCAAUAAACAUGCUUAAGGAACAAAUGACAA